AUGGGAGGACCUCGAAGCUCACAGCGGUCUUCUGAAUGCCGUGACCCUCAGUUCAGUCCUCCACCGAACGGCGGUAUGCCACCACAGAAGACAAGACGCGGUGAACCCCCUGCGCCGCCUCUCAGGGCACCUACACCCGAGCUACCUGGGGGUUUGAGGCUUCUGGAAUGUGGGGGACUGGGCCCGCGGCGUUGCGUCAGGACAGUUGACGCGUUCUCCUGUUCGAGGGAUGACACACUCGCCAAUAGAGUGCAGGGAACAACCUCCGGAGCUUUCCCGGAAGAUAAAGACGCUGGGGAGAAAUUUCAACUGGUCACGGCCCCAGCGCGAGUGCACGCGCCCGGUGCACCCACCCAUGGGGACGAUGGAUUUUGGGUACGAGAAGCGCGGGAAAAUCGAUGGAGAAGGAGGAAAAGGAAGAUCGACGUGAAAGGCAGGAGAGAGAGGAUAGGCGCGAGCGUGACAGGAUUGAGAGGGAAGAUGGACGCCAAAGACAAGAGAGGGAUGAGAGAAGGGAAAGGCAUGAGCGAGAGGAUAGGCGUGAGAGGCAGUAAGGUGAUAGAUCAGUUCUCUUCGAUAUAG